CGCCCCCUCCCCAACUUCGGCCUGCAGCUUGCUGGAAGGGAGCGAGCUCGUCGAACGCCGAGGGCCGUGCGCGCUGACGUCACGGGUCGAGGCACGGCGAGAGGGGCCCGCGAGGGGGCGCGGCCUGUGGGCGGAUAUAAAAGGGCGGCGGUGCGCGCGCGACAGGCUUAGUGCGGCCGGGCACUGGGGGCGGGUGGAGGUGCGGUGCGGUUCGCGGCGGGCGUCGGAGGCAGCGGGGAGCAGAGCGGGGCCGCCGGGGCCUCGCUAGGGCCGCAGCGGCAGCAGUUGGGCCCCCCGCCCCGGCCGGCGGCCGGAGAGCGCAGGAAGGGGGCCGGGGGGACCCGCCCCCGGCCGGCAGCAGUCAUGAACUCCAACGUGGAGAACCUGCCCCCCCAUAUCAUCCGCCUGGUGUACAAGGAGGUGACGACACUGACAGCUGACCCACCUGAUGGUAUCAAGGUCUUUCCCAAUGAGGAGGACCUCACUGACCUGCAGGUCACCAUCGAGGGCCCUGAGGGGACCCCAUACGCCGGAGGCCUCUUCCGCAUGAAACUCCUGCUGGGGAAGGACUUUCCUGCCUCCCCGCCCAAGGGCUACUUCCUGACCAAGAUCUUCCACCCAAAUGUGGGCGCCAAUGGUGAGAUCUGCGUCAACGUGCUCAAGAGGGACUGGACAGCUGAGCUGGGCAUCCGGCACGUGCUGCUGACCAUCAAGUGCCUGCUGAUCCACCCUAACCCCGAGUCUGCCCUCAACGAGGAGGCGGGCCGCCUGCUCUUGGAGAACUACGAGGAGUAUGCCGCCCGCGCACGCCUGCUCACAGAGAUCCACGGGGGCGCAGGUGGGCCCAGCAGCGGCAGGGCCGAGGCCAGCCGGUCCCUGGCCAGCGGGGCUGUGGCCUCCACCGCUGACCCCAUGGCCCCUGGGGGCCCAGGAGGGGUCGAGGGGCCCAUGGCCAAGAAGCACGCGGGUGAGCGUGAUAAGAAGCUGGCAGCCAAGAAAAAGACGGACAAGAAGCGGGCGCUGCGGCGGCUGUAGUGGGCUCUCCUCCCUCCCUCUCCCACCCGCCACCCACCUGCCCCCAACUCUGUCUCUAAGUUAUUUAAGUUAUGGCUGGGGUGGGGGAGGGCACGGGGGCACUCGGACCUGGAUUUGUUUUUCUAAAUAAAGUUGGAAAAGCAGCU